UAUUUCUGCCGGCCAGAGAUGUCGCGUGCCUGGCUGGGCAGUAGUAGUGCCCUGGAAUAGUGAAUCAUUCAGGCACCCCCAGGAAAGGAGGCCAGUCCACGCUGGGAGUUAGAAGACAUCGCCUCUAAUCCAGGUUUCUCCAUCUCCUCCGCUAAGUGACGUCCAGCAAGUCACUUCACUUUCAGGGCCUCAAAUUUCCUUCCCAGUAGUAAAAUGGGGGUAAUAAAAACAGCUACAGCGCAAGCCUGUUGUGAGGCACAGAGAAAGGGCUUGGUCUUUGGAAGGGGGUUCCAGGUUCUCAACCUUCAUUUCCUUCACAGUUGAAGGACGUCAAAAAAAGCAGAAAGGGUGAAUUUUCUUGAAAUCUCAGUUUUGGGGAAUCUUAGCGACCAGUUGCGGACCUCAGCUCGUCCGGCGCUCCAAAACUUCCGGCGGGCGAACCGGAAGCAAUGAGGCGGGAAGGGUGGUAGAGGCCCCUCCGGCCGGAACCCGGGGGGCGGGGCUUGUGGCUGUAGUUGAUGGGGCGUAGGUGGGCCCUGCGCCCACGGCUACCUGGGUAAGGCCCAAGAUGGCUGCCCUCGUGUGAAGUCGGCGGGGACGGUUCCUGUCGUCAUCUUGAGGGCCACGUCUGGCCCUCACUCCUGGACUUAUUUGGUGUGUUGUUGAAGCGGGGAGACUAGAGAAAUGGCAGGGAGCCUCUUAUCUGGGGCAGGCAGGCGCCUGUGGAACUGGGUGCCUCUGGCGUGCAGAAGCUUCUCUCUUGGUGUGCCGAGAUUGAUCGGUAUAAGGCUCACUCUCCCGCCCCCCAAAGUGGUUGAUCGUUGGAACGAGAAGAGGGCCAUGUUCGGAGUGUAUGACAACAUCGGGAUCCUGGGAAACUUUGAAAAGCACCCCAAAGAACUGAUCAGGGGGCCCAUAUGGCUUCGAGGUUGGAAAGGGAAUGAAUUGCAACGUUGUAUCCGAAAGAAGAAAAUGGUUGGAAGUAGAAUGUUCGCUGAUGACCUGCACAACCUUAAUAAACGCAUCCGCUAUCUCUACAAACACUUUAACCGACAUGGGAGGUUUCGGUAGAAGAGAAAGCUGAGAACUUCGGAAAAGGCUCAUCUGUCACCCUGGAGAAGGGACACUGUACUCUUCCCUGUGAGGAAACGGCUUUGUAUUUUCUCUGUAAUAAAAUGGGGCUUCUUUGGAAUUUGA